AUGAUGAGUGUUAUAUUUACAGAAUCUGAUGAUGAACAUACUGAUCCUUUUGAUAAGACUGUGGAAUCAACAUUUAAUAAUUUUAAGAAAUGGUUUAGUUGGUCCAAAAAAGAUGAUUUAACUAAAGAACAAAUUGAAUUUGGUACCCCAGAGCAAUCAAGUUUAUUGAUUAAUGAAUUAAAAUUAAAACAGGAAUAUCAAGCACCUAAAUAUGUAUUACUAUGUCAUGGACUUUCUGGAUUUGAUAGAGUAUUGCUAAUACCGUCUUUAAAUCUAGUAUCUAGUAUUUUAUCUGGUGGUAAAUCUAAAGAAUCUCAACAACAACUACAAGAUAGAGGAGGUGUAGCUCUUGAAUAUUGGAUCGGGAUAGAAGAAGCCCUUGAAGCUAAAGGGUCAACAGUCAUCACUGCUAAAGUACCAGGAUUUGGAAGUAUUGAAGAUAGAGCUAAUGAAUUGAAUCGUUAUAUUUCAAAAUAUACAGGUAAAUUAAGAUCAAAAUCAAAAUCUGAUAUUUAUCAUGAAAACCCUAAUUCAACAAAACAAGAGGAAACAAAAGAUGAUUCAACUUUCAAAGAAAAUAAAGAAAAAAUUAAAGUCAAUUUGAUUGCUCAUUCAAUGGGUGGAUUAGAUUGUAGAUAUCUAAUAUCACAAAUUGAAAAUAAAAAUUUUGAAGUUGUAAGUUUAACAACAAUAACUACUCCACAUCAUGGUUCUGAAGUUGCAGAUCAUUUAGUUGGAUUAACACAAACUAUUCAAUCUGAAAAAAUCUUACCACCAAGUAUAUAUCAAUUAACCACUUCAUACCUCAGAGAUUUCAACAAAAGAGUUCCAAAUGAUCCAAAUGUACAAUAUUUUAGUUAUGGUGCAAGCUUUAUACCAAGAUGGUAUAAUGUUUUUUAUGGAACUUGGAAUAUAAUAAAUGCAACAGCUGGACCAAAUGAUGGAAUGGUUAGUGUUGAGUCUUCAAAAUGGGGGAAUUACUUAGGUACUUUGAUGAAUGUUGAUCAUUUAGAUUUGAUUAAUUGGACUAAUGGAUUUAAAAGAUUAGUUUCAAAAAUCGUACCUGAAGAACCUGCUCCUGAAGUUAAUACAGUGGCUUUAUAUUUAGAUAUUGCUGAUUAUUUGGCUAAAAGAGGUUUGUAA